AUGUUUCGAAUAAUAAUUCGUCUACAAAUUCAAGUGUUGGAAGUGAGUGGUAGCUCCUAUUGUUACUUGAUAGAAUCACCAACUUGUGUCUAUAGUGGAUGGCUCCAAAAGAAAGGCUCUAAAAUCAACAAGGGAUGGAAGAGAAGGUUCUUUAUUCUACUUUCAGAAGGUUUCUUAUUGUAUUUUAAAUCACAAGCUGAGGUUAUGAGUGAUCCACAUCAUCCUCUGGGUGCUGUUUAUUUACGUCCGAGCAGGGAAGUAUUUGUUUCUGCUCGUAAUUCGAAUACAGAAAAUGUUUCGAAUAACAAUGGAAAUAGUCAUGAAAAUGAUCUGCCACGUGAUAAUAUGUUUGGAUUUGUAUUAUCUGUGCAGAGUAGACGUUUCGUAUUAGCAACUGAAUAUGAAGAUGAUAGAAAUGAUUGGAUUGAUAAAAUAACUAAAGUUGCCUAUUCGAAUCAACAACAAGAAUCUCAAGAUGGUUCCGAUAAUUCAUCAUCCACAACUAAUUCGAAUAAUAAUAAUACAUUGGAAUCUCCACGAAACAAUUCAACUGGCAAUAAUUCAAAAAUCGUCCAAUCACGAAGACGAAUCGUUGGUGAUGCAGAGAAAUGGAAUGAAAGUUUGGAUCAAUUCGAAAAGCAAGGUCUCAUUAAACUAGUUCAAGGAAUUAAACGAUUGGAAAAACUAGUCCUACCUGAAAAUGAUCAAUUGGAAAUUUCCUCAAUUGACGAUCUCUAUUUGUACUAUAAUCAAUUUGUGAAUAAGGACUCAGAGGAGGAGAAGACUCAUUCUCCCUACGAACCAAUCACUCCAAAGAAUAAUAUUACCAUUUCGAGUCAUCCUACUGAGAGAUUGAAUGCAGUGAAUGAAUUUGUCUUACAGGAAUCGUGUAGUACACUGAGACAAUUGUACAGAAAAUUGCAGGAACAAUUGGAGAAUAAUGUGGAGGUGGAACAGUUGAAGAAACAGGUGCUUGCCUUAAAGAGUGAAAAUUUGCAAUUGGAGGAAAAAACUAAGGAAUAUACGAAACAUAAGAAAUUAUUGGUGAAUGAAGUGAAGAAUUUGAGAAGCAAAUUGGAAGAAAAGAACAAGUUGGAAAAUGUUUCUACUACUUCUUCGAAUGAAACAGCCGAAUCUCAAAAGAAUCAAUAA